AUGGCCGCCGCCGCCUGUCGAUCCAUCGCAACGGCGACAGAGUUCCAGACCGUCACCUCCUUCAGGGAAAGGACGAUCAUCCAAGCUCAGACUCAACUCGUGUUUGAUCCCAGUGGCGUGAGUUGGGCAGCUAGCGAGCGCACAGGAAGCGCAUGUAUCGAGCCGGACCGCUCAUCGUCCCUCCCGGGCCGUCUUCUCGUGUGCUUAGGUCGGUAUCACAACUGUGCUCUCGAUCAAUCGAGCGGGUAACACCGUCUCUGUCAGGUCGCGCAUCACCGGUGUCACUGUGUGA